UUAGCUGCAUACUACCACGAGUUAAGCAUUUGUAAGUUGCUUUUAAGCAGUGCCGACUCAUCGCAUAAAAGAUCUUUACUAAACGUCGCUAUAUCCUUCUUACACUAGAUCUUUCAAAGUUUUCUUUGUCAACUGACAGGCUAUUACUAAUUUUUUUAUCUUUCAACAUGAUUAUAACGCUGAAAAACUUACAGCAGCAAACAUUUACAGUGGAAAUUGAUCCAUCGCAAACGGUAAAAGACUUGAAACAAAAGAUUGAAACCCAAAAGGGUUUCCCUGCUGAACAUCAGAAAUUAAUAUACGCUGGAAAGAUAUUAACAGAUGAUCAUCCACUAGCAGAAUAUAAUAUAGAUGAAAAAAAAUUCAUAGUUGUUAUGGUUACAAAGCUUAAAACUGGUAAUGGUCAUACAGCAGCUGAAGAGGAGCAUACAAGUACUACAGAAACUAAAGAAGAAAGUAGUACAACCAGCUCAGUACCGCAACCUAGUUCAAACCCAACUGUCCAGGGUGCAUCAAACCCUGCUAGUACUGUACAAGAACAAUCUGGAGCAAGUACUGCAACUGGAUGUGCAGGAGGUCAAGCUGAAAGUGCCUUGUUAAUGGGUGAAGAUUAUAAUACCAUGGUGAACAACAUCAUGGAUAUGGGGUAUGAACGCGAGCAGGUCGAGCAAGCAUUAAGAGCAAGUUUCAAUAAUCCUGAUAGAGCUGUUGAAUACCUUGUAACGGGUAUACCCGCUCAGCUAUUUGAGGAUUUACCAGAAGAUCAACUCGAAGCACAAGAACAAUUCCAAGAACAUGGCCAACAUCCACUAGCAUUUUUGCGAAUGCAACCUCAAUUUCAACAAAUGCGUCAAGUUAUUCAGCAAAAUCCACAAUUAUUGAAUGCUGUACUUCAACAGAUUGGUCAAACUAAUCCUGCAUUGUUGCAACUUAUUUCACAAAAUCAAGAAGCAUUUGUGCGCAUGCUUAACGAACCUGUAGAAACAACUGGUAGUACAGGUGGAAGAACUACACCUGUAUCUGCAUCGAAUGUUGCGCCAGCUACUGCUCCCGGUGGUUUAAGUGGUGCUCCUGCUGCAGGUAUGGGAACAGGAUCUGACGUAGAAACUUCCAUAAUUCAGGUAACACCUCAAGAUAAAGAAGCUAUUGAAAGGCUGAAAGCACUAGGAUUUCCAGAACACUUAGUUGUACAAGCAUAUUUCGCGUGUGAAAAAAAUGAAAACUUAGCUGCAAAUUUUUUGCUUUCACAAAAUCUUGAUGACUGAAGUAACGCACUUUAUUGAUUUCAAAAUAUGGAGUUAAAGGACUGAUAUAGGGUGGGUAAUUACACGGGCGCCAUAUUAUUUUCAAUUGGUCAUCUUUAUUUUGUAUAUAAGUAAGUAUGCAUUCAUAUUUAUCUUAUUUCAUUACAUUCUGUAGGUAUAUAUUUGGCAUAUUUAGUAAAUAAUACAAAUUUGUUACAUUUAAAUACGAAAAUACUUCUUAUAUCAAAUUGUCAGUCUUUUAAACUACUUUAAGUCAAAACAUAUUUUACAUGUUUCGUGUAUUUUAAGGUUGAAAAUUGAUAUUUUGCAUCGGUGUUAUAAUCCAUCCUUAUAGUCUGGCAAUUGUUCUUUGGCAAAAAUUUUUGUUUUUUGAAUAUAAGGAGCAGUGUAAUUACAUUUUUAUGUAAGAAAGCCUACUUGCUUAAUGAAUGAAUAUGCAAAAAUAUAAAUACUUCGCUGUAUUUAUACAUUAAAGUUGUUGUACAAUACACAUACAUGCAAAUUUGCGUACACGAGCAAGAUUACAUGUGUAUUCAAAUAACACGAGGAAGCCCGCAUGUAUGCGUGUACAUGACAAGUAUAUUUUAUACAUGUAAUAGGCUUUCUGAUAUAAAAAUUAUGUAAGUGCAUCUGUAUAUGUAUGAUUGCAUAUGUAUAUAUGUGUGUACUUGCGUAUAACUUGCGCCUAUGUAUGUAUGUAUAAAAAAAAAGUCUUGUAUUUUUUAAACAAAAGUGGUAAAGAUAGUUAUUCAUUAAUAAAUCAUUACAAAUCAUUUCAUUUGUCACAAAGAUAACAAAUUGUAAGAAAUUCUCAAAGAAAAUGGAAAUGAAAAUUUAUUUACUAUGCAUA